AUGCGCAUCGGCGGGCCUCUCCUCGUGGCACUUUGCUCAGCGCUGGCAUAUUGCCAGCCCUACGAGGCAUUCGGAGCCAAUAGCCAGUACCCUCCAGUCGCUGUGGUGGGUGCUCAGUACUCAUUUCAACUUUCCAACGACACUUUCAAGUCCAGCGAAGACGACAACGCUCAGAUUCAAUACGAAGCAUUCGCGCUCCCAUCGUGGCUCCAAUUCGACUCCCAGUCGCGUGUGUUUUCUGGAACGCCGUCAGAAUCAGAUUUCGACGGCGAUGCCGAGACCGCUCGUGUCUCCUACCUUUUGCAAGGGAUAGACCCCAACGACAACCAGUCUUUGAACAAGACCUAUCAAUUCGCGCUCUCAAAGGAUGCUCUGCCUGAAGUGUCUGCAAAUUUUAACCUGCUCAGCUUGCUUAAAAAUAGCGGCUACACAAACGGUAAAAAUGCCUUAAAGCUUGUUCCUGGCAGCGUGUUCAAUGUGUCUUUCGACAGAGACACCUUCGACAAUACCAGCUCUUCUACCUCAUACUAUGGUCGUUCCACGCUAUACCACGCUCCGUUACCCAACUGGGUGUUUUUCGAUAAAGCAAAUUUGAAGUUCAGUGGGACCGCUCCCGUAGUGAAUUCAGAGAUAGCGCCGGAAUUUUCAUAUUCCUUUUCACUGCUUGCCUCAGACAUACAAGAUUAUACAGGUGCUGAAGUCAAAUUCGAACUAGUUGUGGGAGCUCAUCAGUUAACUACCUCUAUCCAGAACACUUUGGCAGUUAAUGUCUCGAGUACAGGAUCGUUCAGUUAUCCUUUACCAAUGAGCUAUAUUUACCUAGAUGGCAGUCCCGUUUCCUCCUCUAAUGUCAGCUCAAUCAAGCUUUUGGGCGAUCCUGAUUGGGCCACAGUCUCCAAUCAAAGCUUAUCCGGCUCCUUACCCAAGGGUCAAACAAGCCAAAAUUUAACUGUGGAAAUCGAAGAUGUAUACGGUGAUUCUGUUUACCUCAAUUUCUUGGUUGAAUCUACUCACAAGUUGUUUGCCGUAUCAUCGCUGCCCAACGUUAACGCGACACAGGGCGAAUGGUUUCAAUCCCAACUCUUGCCCUCGCAAUUCACGGACUACAAUAAUACUGACGUGUCUUUGGAUUUCACAAACACGUCACAAUCAACAUCGUGGCUAUCAUACCAUGACAGCAAUAUGACCCUGACAGGCGAAGUACCCGAUGAUUUCGAUGAUUUAGUCGUUCGCGUGACUGCCAAGCAAGCUUCUGAAAGUCAAAGCCUUUCGUUCAAAUUAGCUGCUGUUCAGUCGAAGCAUACUUCCUCAUCCAGUUCCUCAUCCGCUUCUUCAUCGUCAACAUCCCACCUUUCUUCCACAUCUCGCUCAUCAGCUUCGAGCACGAGUACAGCUUCUGCGACUUCGACUUCGUCGGCAGCUCCAGAAUCAGGAUUGAAGAAAGCUUCGAACAAGAGCAACAAGACAGUAGCCAUUGCAUGUGGGGUAGCAAUCCCAGUCGUCGUGAUUUUAGCCCUUCUCAUCCUAUUUUUGCUCCUUUGGAGGCGUAGAAAGAAUAAAUCUGCUUCCGCCGGAGAUCGCGAAAACUCUCCCCAAAUUAGCAAUCCAAAACUAGGUAAUCCAGCUAAUAAUCCAGCAUUUUAUGGAACAGAUUCACCAUUUGGUGACGAAUAUUCAGUUGAUGAAAAUGCUUCAGCUAAGAGAUUGGCAGUGUUAAAUGCAAUGAAGUUAGAUGAACAGCCAGGCUCUGGUUCCGACAAUUCUACUUUUGACGAAAAGGCCGAAUGCGCGACUAUGAAUUCGUCAUCCUCUGAUUUAUACCAGGAUGCUAUGCAGACUGGUAGUACAGAUGCGCUUCUACCGCCAAACGAAAAUGAUCAGUAUUUUGAUUCCAAUAAACAUACAUCGUCGGUGUACUUAAACAGCGAGCCUACAAAUCGAAAAUCGUGGAGAUUUUCCGCAAAUAAUAAUGAACCCGUCAGUAACGUACGAGAAAGUUACAAUUCACUGAAUACAGUGAGCACUGCAGAGCUUUUUAACACACAAAUAGCGAACAACAAGACUCUGCCCAAGGAUCCAAGAAAGUCUUCCCUGGGCUUGCGAGACUCUGUAUUCAUGGCAAUGCCAACGAAUGCAGAACCAAAUAAAUUAGAAAACAUGCACUCAAGCGCUAUAAGUCCCCGUAAAUCAAACAACGCGUCGAAAAUUGACUUCUCCGGAGAUCGCGUAUUACCCAAUUUGAGUGAAAUGCCCCAAGAUCAACAUUCUACAAAUUCUCAUUUGUCAAGUAGUAGCUCUGAUGAUCUCGUACCCAUUAAGAAUGGAGACAAUUAUAAAUGGGUGGAACGUGAUGGAUCUCGGGGUACAGAACCUCAGAGAAAAAGGAGUGUUAAAAGACUGGUAAGUUUACCCAACAGGAGCGGCGUUGGCGUUUGCGACGCCAACGAAAUACGGGGACAGGUUCCUGAAAUUGAAGCCUCAAUGGACUCAAACAUUUAA